UCCGCUCGCUCCUGCUAUUAUAGAGAAAGCAGCAAAUGGCCCUCUCUUCCCUCUCAUAUCGCCCCCUCCCAAACCCCUCCAUCAGCCCGACACGUGUCGGUCGGGCCAACCCCCUCCAUCCCUCCAGACCGACACGUGCCAUCUUGCCCCUCAAACCACCGCGCCGGACCCGCCUCUACUCCGUCCAAGAGCAGCCAAACAACGGCCGCAACCCGGCGGAGAAGGAACAGGAACCCGAACCCGAACCCGAAAAUCCCGUGGAGAGCUCCACAGCGGGAUUGGAGAGGGCUAAUCCGGAUCUAAGCUCGAUUAAGGAAGCAAUUAAGGAGAAAGAAGGUGAUCUUUCGUUGAAUGGAGUAGCUGAGGAGAUAAGGGAGAUCGAGUGGCCGGUAUUCGGCCGGGUCUUGGGGACGACCGGAGUCGUCUUGGCGGUCAUUGCCGGUUCGAGCGUGGUGCUCCUAACAGUCAACGCGGUCUUGGCAGAGCUCUCGGACCGUGUUUUCGCUGGGAAGGGCGUCCAGGACUUCUUUGGAUAGAGUGGGUUAGGGCAGCAGCAAGGAGGAUUACAGAGUCCCGCCACGUGGCAGCUUCGAGGAUUUUUAUUUUUUUAAUUUGAAUUAUGUUGUCUGCCGUAUUAAUUACAGUUUCCGAUUUUUUAUUAAAUUCUUAGAAUCUGGAUUUUCUCUCUUAUUAGAAGCAGUCCAAACUGUCUUUUGGACAGCAAUCCUGGCCGUUGGAUGAAUAGAAUGGCUUCUAUGCUUACUAGA